UCCUUAUUUUCUGUAUACAACAUUGUAGAAAAGUGCAUAAAGCAAAAUGCAGUUUUAUUAAAACGAGUAUAACUGAUAAAUACACAUUAAAAUAUAUUGAAUUAAGUGCUAUAAAAUGUCCCAAGUGACGUCGUCAACGACGCAAAGUGCCGCUGCCGCCCAAGCGGGCAGCAGACGUGUGCCCAACAACGAUGCAGGCGUUUGCGUGGGUGUCGGUGGCGUUGGCUAUGGCGAAACCGAAUGGGAGGCGCGCGAGUCGCAGCGCCAACGGGAGUUGCACGAGGCACGCGCGCGAGCCGCCCAAAUGGAAAAGACAAUGAAGUGGUGGUCCGAUUGCACUGCCAACUGGCGCGAAAAAUGGAGUAAGGUGCGCAACGAACGCAAUAAGGCGCGAGAGGAAUCCAAACAGUUGAAUCUUAAACUGGACGUAGCCAUGAAGGAGGCACAUUCCCUAAAGCGUGAGAAAAAUGAUCUGGAGGUACAGAUCACACAGCUAAAGAAGGAAAUGGAAAAGGUACAUUCCCUGAUGAUGAAACAUGCCGGACAAUUCCAUCGCACCGACACAAACGAGGACGCCGAGGCGAAUGGACGUGAUGCCAAUUGUUCGCCAGAUAUAUCAUCAGAUGGCUUAAAAAAUGUGAACAGUGAGGACGGUUUGGUCACCAAGCUGCCCAACGAUGUCAAGGAUCUGGAUAUUGAGGAAUUUGCGCUGAAGGGCGCUAUGCCCAAGCAUCUGAGCGACCUGGAAGCUGCUGCUGCAGAGGAAAAACGCCUAAUACAGCAGCUGUCCAAAGACGACUUCGACGAAGAUUAUUUGUUGCAAAAGAUAUCCAUGCUGCAGCUGCGCUUGGAUGAGGCUCAAAAAACGCUGCAGGCAGAGCGAGAUGAAAAGCACGAGCUGCACAAGAGCAUAGAGAAACUGGCGCUGGAGCUGCAGGAUGUACGUGGACGGCAGGAUGAGUUGCGCUCUGCAAAGCAAGAAGCGGUGCGUGAACUUCUAACCCUGCAGGAACAACAUCGCGCCGAGAUGCGCAUUGUGAACAAUUCAUUGCAAGAGGAAAUUGCUGCACGCGAGAAUCUGGAACGUCGACUCAGCGAGCUGCGCACAGAGCUCGAGCAUUUGCAGGCUGAAAACGCAUCAGAGUGGGGUAAACGCGAGCGUUUAGAAUCCGAAAAGCUGGCUCUGGAGCGGGAUAACAAAAAACUGCGCGCCGAACUGCGUGACUAUCAGGAGCGCUCGGAUCGCAAAUGCCGACCCAUGCAGGCCAACGAUGUUGAGUUACGAGCGCUGCAGCAGGAGCUUUCGGAGCGCAACAAGGAAAUCAGCGAGGUCAAAAUGUCGCAUGCCAAACUAAAGAAAUUACUGGCCGAGACAAACACGGAACUGGGGCAUGCGGUGCGACGUGCCGAGCAAUAUGAAACGGAGGUAAAGCGUCUGCGGCAGCGCGUUGAGCAGCUGAAGCGCGAACUGGCCUGCGCCGAGGAUGAGCUGGACUCGGCCGUUAACCAAAUGCGGCGGCUGCAGCGCAGCAACGAUGAGCUGGUGGGCCAGACGGAGGGUCUGCAGGUGCAGAUACAACAUUUGCAGAACAGACGCGCACCGAGUCCCCAGCUGCGUGCCAUGGGCGGCGUUCAGUUGCGCAACAAAAUCGCCGUGGAGCUGCCCAGCGAGUGUUUGCCAAACAUAAACGAUCUGCGCCAGAUCUUUGAUGACAAUCAGGCGGGCGUGCGCAGUUCGCACAAUGGCUGCGAUUCAGCGGCAGCUCAUCAUGCCGCUGCUGUGAAGCGUUCCAGUCACACGGAGCGUACUCUGCUGCAGCAACAGCAAAGCAAUGCAGCAGCUGCGGCAGCCGCAACAGCAGCAGCAGCAGCGGCGGCGGCGGCGGGUUUCUACGAUGCCAAGACAACACAUUUAGAGGAAAACAUCUUCGAGGCCAAGUCGCGCAACUUGGAGUUUGAGCGUGCCAAGCAAAAGUUCGAUAAUCCACAUGGACAGCAUCAUCAUCAGCAGCAGCAGCAGCAGCAGCAGCAACAUCUGCGGCAACAGCAGCGCAGCGCAUCGGGACGCUACAACAGCGCCGGCAGCAACUGCGGCAGUGGGGGCAAUCGCGCGAAUCUCGCCCUGCCACUGAAGUGCAUGACCAACAGUGGCGCCACAGCCAACAAGGAUGUGGACAUCAAUAGGCAGCUGUACGAGGCGCACGACAAGGAGCAGACGCAUGCGGGCUAUGCGCGCAAUAGUGUUAAUUUAGAUGGUCUCAAGGUAUCCGACGAUGAGACUCCGUAGCUAUGGCUCGACAAGUUUACUGCUGGACGAUGAAACCGAGGGAAAUAGCGAUUGAGCUCGAGAUAUAUGUACGAAACAUAUAAUUCGAUAUGAUUCUAUGGCAGUUUGUGGUAUUAUCUAUUUAUUAUUAAUUCUUAAAUUUAAUUAACUCUUAAGUUUUACGUUGCGUUUAUGUUUGCUCAAUUUGUUUUUUAAAUUUUAUUUAACCUUAUUUUAAAAUUGAUGCUAUCUUGAGUUAUAAAUUAUUAAGAUUAUUGUUAAUCUUUUUUGAACUAAUCUUUGUUAAAAUUUUACUCAUAAUUGUAUUUUAACUCCAAAUUGAGCAAGCAUAAACGCAGAUUAUAUUUUAGAUAUAUUUUUAUGCAUAAAACUCUCUUUAAGUCUCACAAAUUUGAUCUUGGGCUUCGUUUCAUAUGCAUUUCAUUUGCAGACAUUUUCUUUAAUUUUGGUUCCUUAGUCAAUUUAAGGGCUUAUAUAGAUUGUUUUCUGAAUGUUCAAAUAUGCAAAAAAGAGAAGAAAAUAAUAUAAUUCCAGAUUCGCUUCAAUUUAAGAUUAAGAUUAAAUUCCCUUGCGGACAUAUACUAGAAUAUAUUGCGGUAUAUUUAUAUACCUACAGAAACUCAAUUUACGGCCUGUUGUACUUAUUGAUAUUUUAUAUUGUCCGGCGUUUAGGGGAUUAAUCUCGUAUGUUGGAUGCAUAAUACAUUCAAAAAUAAUAGACAGAUAUUCGCUGUAAAUAAGAAACUCAAGAAAUACUUGUUUUGCCCGAUUUUCAUAAAUUCUUGACCAUAUUUGUCGGGAUUAUAAAUGAAUAAGCAGUUCUUCCAAAUCAUUUUAUCAGAUCUACAAUUAAACAGAAGGCUAACUUCGGUAAAUCGAAGUUAUAUUUUUAAAUAUUUCGAAAUUGGGUAGACAAACUAUAAUCGGGAACAAGUCUAUAGAACUUAUACUCAUUCGAAUCUUGAACUUCGCCAACAUUUCGCCGCAUGCUAGCUUUUAAUACAUAUUCCAAACACUAUAUACCCGACUUAUCGAGAUCUCCUCAAUCCAUUGCCUUGUGCUUUAACACAAAAUGACUUUUAUAUCAGAUAUACUUACUUAUAUAUGAAUACUGCUAUAUGCAAUACAGGUUAUUGAAUAUAUAAAUAUAUAUAGUGCCAGAAAUAUGUAACAACUUGAAUAAGAUUGACUUCAAUAUAAAUUUCGAUGUGCUUUUAAAAUAUUGCGAGUUUUUGCCGAGGAACUGAAUUCAAAAUACGUACAUUUGUGCCUCUAUUCGAUAAAAUUACAAUUUUUUUUUGGCCACUUUCUAGUCUUUGUUUCUAUUGGUUUCUGCAAAAAUUCGCAAAAUAAAUUCGCAAAAUAAAAUAAAACAUUUACGUAUUAAUUUAUAGCAAUAUUAGUACUACAAUUAAAUAUAUUAUAAACUUACUGAACAAAAAAUAAUAUAAUAUAUAUAUUUAAACAUAAAAGCUGUCUAUCAAAUUUGGUAUGUAACAAAUAAAUCUUGCGCUUAAAA